AUGAGAGCCUCAUCAGUCAUUCCUCAUCUCCUGUUAUUGGUCCUCGUGGCUACGCUGGCAGCUGCCAAGACCGUCGUCGACCUCACUGACACCAAGAGAUUCGAAGCCAGUGUGGGCAGAGACCGCCCUGCCCUCGUAGAAUUCUUUGCACCAUGGUGUGGCCACUGCAAGAAGCUCGAGCCCAAAUUCGCUGCCGCUGCCGCCGCGUUUGCACACCAGCCUGGCAAGGUCCUCAUUGCCAAGGUGGAUGCCGACAAGAACAAGGAUCUUGGCCGAAAAUACGAUAUCAAGGGGUACCCUACCCUGCUCUUCUUCCCUGCAAACUCUGACAACUUUGAAGUAUACAAGGGACCCCGGGAAACAGAUGCCAUGGUUCAAUUCAUAAAUGAAAAGACUGGCGCUACUGGAAAGCUGACUGGCGAUGGCAGUGGCUCGCCACCGCAGGCCAAGGAGGCCGCAAAGCCAGUGACAGUAGACGCUGUGCAGCUCACCUCCGGCAACUUCGAUAGGAUCGUCAUGCAGGAAGACAAGGAUGUCUUGGUGGAGUUCUACGCCCCAUGGUGUGGUCACUGUAAGAACCUUGCUCCGGUCUACAAUGCAGUAGCCAAGGUGUACGAAAAUGAUGAUACAGUGGUCAUUGCUCAAAUGGAUGCCGACGAAGGGGCCAACCGACCCAUCGCCCAGCGAUACGACGUCAAGUCUUUCCCCACCAUCAAGUUCUUCCCCAAGGGCAGCAACAAGCAGGCGCAGGAUUACGACGGAGGCCGAACCGAGACGAACUUCAUUCAGUGGAUCAACUCAAAGUGUGGGCUGUACCGUGUCGCAGGCGGUGCCUUGAGCGACCUUGCCGGGCGCCUUCCCUCACUCGACUCGCUGGCCUCGCGAUUCUACUCGACCGAAGCCGAGACGGAUCGCUCAAAGAUCGUCGAGGACGCUAGGGCCUUCCUCGCUCAGGCAAAGGUGGGCACCAACUCCAGUGCCGAGAAGAAUGCCGCUGCCGACUACUACAUUCGUAUCAUGGACAAGCUUGUAGAGGACAAGAAGUACGUGGAGAAGGAGACGGCCAGGCUGAAGAAGAUCAUGGGCAAGCACCUCGAUGGUACUUCGCUGCUGGAGGGCAAGAAGGUUGACUCGAUCAAGAAGAGAAUGAACGUCCUCUCUGCCUUUGUGAAGAGGCAGCUGAGCGACCGGGUGCCUGGUGGAGCUGCAGAGGUGCCCAGGGAUGAAUUGUAGAGAAGAACUAAUUGCAGGGCCGGAG